AUGUCAUCUCAACAACCUUUGGUAGUCGUUAGUGGAGCUACUGGUGUUCAAGGAGGAUCUGUCGUCAAUGCUCUCCUUGCAUCGGGAAAACAUAGAGUCCGUGCUCUUACACGUAGGCCUGAAUCUGAUCAAGCAAAAGCUCUUGCUGCAAAGGGGGCCGAUGUUUUCAAAGCUGACCUUUCCAAUAGAGAAGAUGUUAAGAAUGCGCUUAAUGGCGCUGAUAUCGCAUUUAUUGCCACCAAUUUCUGGGAUCCGUCUAUUUUCCCAAAUAAUAUGGCUGGAGAAGAAAGGCAAGGUAAAAUGAUUGCCGACGUUGCUAAAGAGGUUGGAUUGAAUUGGCUUUUUUAUAGUUCUCUUCCUGAUACUCCCAAUUACAAAAUCGUACAGUUUUACGGUAAAAAUCGGGUUGAAAAAUACAUUAGCACUUUGGGUAUUCUGAACGUCACAAUUGUCUACGUUGGUUUCUAUGCCUCGAAUCUUGGUCAAUUGUAUCCCGUUGUGACAAAAGAUGAUGGAACAUCUGAUUUUAUUAUUCCAAUGGUCAAAGAAGACACCCCUAUUGAGAUUAUUGACGCUGAAACCGACACUGGCGCCAUUGUAGCCAAAGUUAUUGAAGAAGGACCAGAAAAGUGGAAUGGAAAGAAAAUUCCUGUUGUUUCGGAACGCAUUUCUUUUGGAAAAAUUGCCGAAAUAUUGACUAAGG